AUGAAGGAAUUCGAAGAAGUAGGGAAAUCAAAGAAGGAAGGAAUCCAAAGAAGAAAGGAAUCCAAAGAAGUAAGGAAGUCGAAGAAGGAAGAAAUCCAAAGAAGUGCGAUGAAACCAAAGAAGGAAGGCAUUCAAAGAAGAAAAGCAUUCAAAGGAGUAGAGAAAUCAACGGAGGAGGGAAUACAAAUAAGGAUGGAAUCCAAAGAAGGAAGGAAUCCAAAUAAGAAGGAAGGAAUCCAAAUAAGAGUAAGGAAACCAAAGAAGGAAAGCAUUCAGAGAAGUAGAGAAACUGAAGAAGGAGGGAAUACUAAGAAGGUAGGAAUCCAAAGAAGUGAUGAAACCAAAGAAGGAAGACAUUCAAAGAAGGAAAGCAUUCAAAGAAGUAGAGAUAUCAAAGAAGGAGGAAAUACAAAGAAGGAAGGAAUCCAAAUUAGAAGAAAGGAAUCCAAAUAA